AUGACAGGUUGCCACUUUUGGUUGCUCCUCCCUUCUCCUUCUGCCACAUGUCCGACAAGUGCACUUGUCAAGAAACAAGAAGACAGAGAGAGCUGCAGCUGUAGUGGUAUACAGACAGAGAGACAGAAAAAAGAAAGAGAUUGGAUUGGAUUGGAUGAUAGAGAAAGAGAAAGAGAGAGAACUGUCAGAUUGAAUCAGCAGCAAGUAGCAGAAUCAGCAGAGAAAAGGCAACCACAGACAAGCAGCAGUUGCAACCCACCACAACAACACAAUUGA